AUGCCGCAUCCUCACCGUGACCCCAUGGCCGGUACCGGCGCCUCGGGGCUGCUCCUGUGCGUGGCUCUGGUGGCGGCGGCGGCACCGCGGGGUGCGUGGUGCGGGAGCUGCCCCCCGCGCUGCAUCUGCGCCUCCAACAUCCUGAGCUGCUCGCAGGCGGUGCUGAGCGCGGUGCCGGCGCCGCUGCCGCGCUUCACGGCCGUGCUGGACCUGAGCCACAACAACGUGAGCCGGCUGCGGGCCGACUGGGCCCCGGGGCGCUUGGCGCACCUCCACGCACUGCUGCUCAGCCACAACGGGCUCUCCUUCGUGUCCACCGAAGCCUUCACCCACGUCCCUCACCUGCGCCACUUGGACCUGUCCUCCAACCGCCUGCGUGCGCUGGAGGAGAACCUCUUCAGCGACCUCGCCGAGCUCGAGGUGCUGCUCCUCUACAACAACGAGAUCUCCACCGUGGACCGCACCGCCUUCGAGAACCUCAACCGCCUGCGCAAGCUCUACCUGGGCCAGAACCGCAUCGCCCGCUUCCCGCUGGAGCUGCUCCGCGACGGCAGCCGCCUGCCCCAGCUCGCUUUGCUCGACCUCUCGGCCAACCGCCUCCGCCAUGUGCCCGUGGGCGAGCUGCAGGCGCUGCCCGCCUGGCUCCGCGACCGCCUCUACCUACACGGCAACCCCUUGGCCUGCGACUGCGCCCUCUUCCAGCUCAUGGCCCGCGGCCGCCGCCGCCGUCUCAGCGCCGUCGUGGACUUCCAAGAGGAGCUGCGCUGCGCGCUCCCAUCCUCCCCGGUACCCGUGGGCAUCCUGGCGCUGGCCGGCCGGGCGCCGCUCAACUGCAGCGAGGCGCGGGAGGCGGUGCUGGAGGCGCACGUCGGGGACACGGUGAUGCUGAGCUGCGACACGCGGGUGCGCGGGGCGCGCAGCCGGCACUGGGUGACGCCCGGAGGGGAACGGGUGCUGCAGGAAGCGGGCAACGGGAGCGCGGUGCUGCUGGCCAACGGCAGCCUGCAGGUGCGGGCGCUGCGGGCUGAGGAUGCGGGGAUGUACGCGUGUUGGGUGGCGGGGCCGGUGCUCAACGAGACGCUCUACGUGGAGCUGUUGGUGCAUAACUUCACCCUGCACGGGCCCCAUGAUACCCUCAACACCGCCUACACCACGCUGGUGGGCUGCAUCCUCAGCGUGGUGCUGGUGCUCAUCUACCUGUACCUCACCCCGUGCCGCUGCUGCUGCUGCCGCGGGGGCACCGACAAAGCCCCCCCGCCCCGCGAUGACAGCAUCAACUCCUCGGUGCUCAGCGCGACCCCGAACCACGCCGCCGGGGAGCCCGGGAGGUCCCGCUCCGCAUCCGGGGCCAGCGUGGGGCAGAACGGGAGGUUCAAAGCGGGGGGGACACCGCAAGGCCCCCCCCGCCAUGGCCCCAGGGCACAGAGGAAGGUGUCGGAUCCGGACUCGGUCAGCUCCGUCUUCUCCGACACCCCCAUUGUGGUGUAGAAAGAUGGGGGGGGGGGCACCCCAUGUCCAGCCCCCUCCCAUCACCCCCCCCCCUCCAU